GCCAUGUCGGGCAGGCGUUGAGGGCGGCGCGGGGAGAGAGGAGAGUGGAGUGCGAGAGGCGAGCGAGGAGUGGGAGAGAGGAGAGCGGGAGGGAGGGAGGAGAGGGGAGAGAGCGGGGAGAGGCGAGAUCGUCUCCCGGCGAGGAGGAAGGAGGAGCAGGAGGAGGAGGAGGAGAGAAGGGUGUGAAGAGGAGGAGGAGGAAGAGGAGGCGGUGACGGUGGCCACAUCCCGGCGUGACCUAUCCCCGCGACCCUGUGCCCAGCCCGUGACCCCGUACAGCGGUGCCGAAUGGUGAUCGGAGCGGCACCCCGGGGUCACCGCUGCCCUCCACUCGCGGAGGUCGCCCGCCCUCGCCGUGGUACGUGCCGCCACAGCCGCCGCAGCCGCCACCGCCAGCAUGUCCGACGGUGGGAGGAAGUGGGGCUGCGAUUACUGCACCUACGAGAACUGGCCCUCCGCCAUCAAGUGCACCAUGUGCCGCGCACCCAGACGCAGCCCCAGCAUCAUCUCUCCUCCCGAGGCCGGCACGCCGGGCUCGCCGGACGACGGGCGCUGGCGCCGCGUGCUCACCGACGUCUCCCCUAGCGGCAGAGGAGGUGGCCCAAGCGGAGGGACGCCCAUCAUUUGCCCGGACGCUGACGACGUGGUGGGCGGCGGCGGCGGCCUCGGUGGCCUCGGCGGCCUCGGCGGCGGUAACUUGACGGCGGACUCUGCCGGAAAGUGGAGCUGCGCCACGUGCACGUACAUGAACUGGCAGCGCACCGCGCGAUGCUCCCAGUGCCUGACCCAGCGCGGCGGCUGCCGCACCGUCACCGCCACCAUCGCUGCGCAGCGGUCUCCCCGCGGCGGCAGCCCCGGCGAUUCUCCCGGCGCGUCCACCACGUGCGUCGCCCGGCACCGUCGCGGCGGCGGGGCCUCGCCCGUGUCGCCCGAGCACGUGGAGGAGAUCCUCAACAACGACCGCAACCGUGCCGCGGCGCCGCCGGCCCUGGCCCCGCCGCCAUCGGCGCCGGCGCCCCCGCCAACGUCCCGCGCCCCCGUCUCCCCCAAGUGGAUGUGCGCCACCUGCACCUACGAGAAUUGGCCCAAGUCGCUCAAGUGCUCCGUGUGCGCGCACCCGCGGCCCAACAACUACGAGGCGGUCGAGCCGGAGCGAGUGGCCAUCGACGCUAGGGACGCCGAGAGGGCCGCCGCGCUCAUAGAGCAGGAGCGGGCGAGGAGGCACGCCGCCGGCGGCGGCACGGGCGGCGUGGUCGGUUUGGUGGGCGCGGGCGGCGGGGGAGGGGGCUGCGGUGCGGGCAUGCGGCGGUCUCCGUCGUCGUCACGCCGUGAUCCGGACUCUCCGCUACUGGAUGUCCCGCGGAUAGAGUUUGCUGGCGCCGUCGGAAAUAACCGUAAGGAGGAUCGCGAGGUGGACUUCAAGCGACUGAAGCAGAUCAAGAACCGCAUGCGCAAGACCGACUGGCUGUUCCUGAACGCGUGCCUGGGCGUGGUGGAGGGCGACUUUGCUGCUGUGGAGGCGUACAAGUCUUGCGGGAGCGACAUCGCGCGCCAGCUCACGGGAGACGAGGUGCGGCUGCUCAACCGGCCCUCGGCCUUCGACACGGGACACACGCUCGUGCACCUGGCCAUCCGCUUCCAGCAGCAGGACAUCCUCGCCAUGCUGCUCGCGGAGGUCUCCCAGCACGCGGCCAAACGCAUCCCGGCGUUUGUGUGCCCGGAGCUGACGGAGCUGAUCCGGCGGGAAGUUGCCACGUCGCUCCACCAGCGCAAGGGCGACUUCCCCUGCCACUUCCUGUCUGACCUCCUGACCUUCACGCUGCCAGCCGAGAUCGAGGAGCUGCCCGGACGCGUGCAGGAGAAGCUCUACGAUGAGCUGCUGGACCGCGACGUGCAGAAAGAGCUGGAGGAGGAGUCUCCCAUCAUCAACUGGUCGCUGGAGCUGAGCGAGCGUCUCGAGUCGCGCCUGUACGCGCUGUGGAACCGCACGGCGGGGGACUGCCUCCUCGACUCGGUGCUGCAGGCGACGUGGGGCAUCGACGACAAGGACUGCGUGCUUCGCAGCGCGCUGCGCGACAGCCUCCACGACUGCUCCCACUGGUUCUACACCCGUUGGAAGGAGUGGGAGUCGUGGUCAUCGCAGAGCUUCGGCCUCCACUUCUCCCUCCGGGAGGAGCAGUGGCAGGAGGACUGGGCCUUCAUCCUCUCGCUCGCCAGCCAGCCGGGCUCCAGCCUGGAGCACACGCACAUUUUUGUGCUCGCCCACGUGCUGCGUCGUCCCAUCAUCGUCUACGGAGUCAAGUUUUACAAGAGCUUCCGCGGGGAGACGCUGGGAUACGCUCGCUUCCAAGGCGUGUACCUGCCCGUGCUGUGGGAGGCGAGCUUCUGCUGGAAGUCGCCCAUCGCGCUGGGCUACACGCGCGGUCACUUCUCGGCGCUGGUACCCAUGGAGAGCGAGGGCUACGUGAGCCCCGGCGCCGGCGCCAACAUCGGCGGUGGCGGCGGCGGCGGCGGUGGCGGCGAGGAUGAAGGCACCGUGACCUUCCUGCCGCUGGUGGACAGCGAGCGCAAGCUGCUCCCCGUGCACUUCCUGUCGGCCUGCGAGAUCGGCAACGAGGAAAACCAGGAGCGGCUGCUGCGGCACUGGCUGGACUGCUGCGUGACGGAGGGCGGCAUCCUGGUGGCACGGCAGCGCGUGUCGCGGCGCCGCCACCCGCUCGUCACGCAGAUGCUGGACAAGUGGCUGGAGCGCUACAGGCACCUGCAGCCCCGCGGCCCGGGGAGGGCGCUGUCGGACGGGGAGGAGGAGGACGAAGAGGACGAGUGACGGCGACGGCGGCGGUGACGAUGAUGAGUGACGCCGGCGGCGGUGACGAUGAGUGGCGAAGAAGUUGCUCGUCCAUUGCCGGCGUAUUUGGGGCGCUAAACCGCUCUCCACCUCGCUCCACCGUGCCCGCACCACGAUGAACAGCACCCUCGGUGGAAACGAGCACGAGGGAGGGGCGGCGGUGCUUCAUCCUCUCUUCGCGAACCGCCCCCCCCCCACCCAGCCCUCUUUUCUCCAGCACCACGAGCCAGCACUAUAGCCCAUUGCGAGGGAGGUCACAGGUCAAGAGUUAUGAGUAGGUCAUAGGUCAGGAAUUGUGGCGUUGCCAGAAGUCGGCGGUGGGUGAAAAUUAUGAGGAGGGUCGGAGGUCGAGGCCGGUGGCCAGUCGAGUCGGGUUUCCGUUAACCCUGCAAUUGCAAUUGCGGUUGGAAUGGAAUGAGACGGAACGCGAUGGAACACAAGCCGCUGUGGUGGAAGUGGCGGAGGUCACCAUCGGGCUUCGGGUAGUUUGAGCCCAAGACACACCAGGACGGCACGGGAACGACGCGGCGAGGGACGAGUGGGGGGGGGGGGGUACUGAGUGAGCGAGUGAGUUCCUGCCGGUGAGUUGCUCAUCACGUCGUCAGGGUGGACGUUUCACUGUACAAGGACGAGUUUGCAGGAUGGGACACCCUGCCCUAUGUGACCCCUCCUGGGUCAGGACCCUUGAGGCCACCUGCCCACGCUGAGGUUAAUUACUACAAAGAGACACAUGCACACGCACAGACACAGGCGAAUACACAACACAUAAACACGUACACACAUGCACAAAUUACACACCUCGGUGAGCACACAGAGAUGGACACACAGACACACAGGCGAAUACACGUAGACAUACCCAGUACGCAGACACACACACACACAAACUCACGCAUAAACAUAAGCACAGAUGUAACAAAGACAUGUCUAUGCAGACACGUAAACAUACGGACAAUCAUAAAUAUAUCGACACGUUUACAAAGACACUCAAGGGGUUGUUACGGUGAGACACAACAGGGCUGACACUACACACGAUCGUCGGUACCACGUGAUAUCUGAACCUGUCCUGAGCUGCCGCCUCCUCUUGGUCGACUCAGUCUCAAAACGGAGUCCUUGGUGUGCCAGCGACUGGGGAGGUGGGGCCCGGCGAGGCGGUAACCACAACAACAACACCCUCCUCCUCGUGUGCCAUGCUGGCCUCACGAGGUGCUCGCUGACACACGCAGCACUUGCCACCCCCCCCCCCCGCGUGGUCUGCAAGGCUUGGUGGGGGACGUUCUUGACACGCUGCGUACACGCUGUGUACACGCACGCAUAGACGCCGUGUAUGCUGUGUACACGUCGUGUAUGCUGUGUACACGGCGCGUGCGCGCACGCCCCACGCACGCGCAGGGUCGAUUCGGCAGUUAAAUACACGUGGCUGAAUUGGUAUCGGUUCGGAAAAUAAUGUUAAGUUAAAAGAGAGUCUCCGCGCAGUGGUGACACGCCUCGCAGCAAGAAUCGCCCGAGUUUGAGUCUCGACUCGGAUGCCCCUUUCUGUGUGGACGUCGUUUGUCCUCCCCCUGCUUCUCCCCUUUCCUCUCCGUUCUUCAGUGUCCUCCCAUUGCAAAAAGAAACCCCAACAACAGUGUAACUGGUAUCACAUGGGACCCUUCUUGCCAGUAUCAAACUAUAAGAAUAUGUUUUAACCUUUCUGGCAAUAACCGGUAUUGGUCAAAACAUCCCAGUGCUGCAAACGCUCCCUGCAGAAUUAUUCAAUUGAGAUCACACGGCAGCAGCAGCAACAUCGCCCCCUAUCUGCUGUGAAAAAAUUUGAAUGGCAGGACCCUCUUUAAAAAAAAAAGAGUCUUGAGGGUCCGUGAGGCUGUCGUGGGUUAACAAGCGUCGUCGUCGUCAUAACCGCGGCCGAGCAUGGCAAGAGGAGGAGGAGGAAGAGGAGGAGGAGGCGGCUAACGUGUGUCAAUGAGUGAGAAUAUAUCAAGCUGCUUUAACAACACACACAGAUGCCUGUGUGUGUGCGCGCGUGUGAGUAGAGUUUACAUCCAGUGUGCGUGCGUGCUCGAUGUUUACUAUACUCACAUGGGCGUAUGUUUGGGUGUGUGUGUACGUGUCCCAAGAGUGUGUGUGUGUCUGUAUACGCGUGCGUCUUUGUAGGUCUGUGCAUGUUUGUAUUUUUGUAUGUGUGUGUCUCAAUGUGUGUCUGCCGCUGUGUUUAUACACACAGCCCAGCACACAGCACACACAAUACACUGUGUACAUAAUAUACAUAUAGAACACGCCAGUAGGUAGUAAUUAAAAGGAACAUGACCUUUGAGAAUGAAUUGCUCCCUCACCUUGUUCAUUAAUCAUUGACUUUGCUGCCGAGUGCGAUUUCAUAGACUUGUUAAGAAUGUGACGGAUUCAAGCUUCUUUAUAUUUCACAGUUUAAGCACUCGCUCCUUGCCUGCCUCUACCCCCCCCCCCCCUCCUGAGUGCAGGUGCAUGUACCCCCGUCCCUCCACCCCUUUCGGCCCAAUACCUCCCCCUCCCUUCCCUCCCUCUCCCUCCCUUCCCUCUCCCUCUCCUCUCCCUCCCCCCUCUCUUCCUCCCUCUCCCUUCCUGCCAUCCUCCCGUGAUCCCCGCUCCCCCAUCCCCAUUAUCCCCUUCAUUCCCCAGCAUUAGCGCUUGGUUCUGACUUAUGUGUGUACGAAGGGCGGUGCUUUACGUUGCCUGUUCAUAACUAGCGUGUUGCGAUGAGUCUGUUUUUGAUUAUAGCCUCUUGUGAAAUUAUCCACCACUCCCCCAUGUGGCCACACCGCCUCGCAACGAUCAAUGAAUUAUUCGAGCCCCAUGGGGUCCUGCGUCAUGGAUUCUGAGUACAGGGUCCCAAGGUGUUCUAGAUCAUUGAAUGUUCGCCCCCAAGUUCCUGGGUUCUAACCCCUAGGUCCUGAGUUUAGAGCCUUGAGUUCUGUGUCAUGGAUUUUGAGUCCAUGGUCCCCUAGGUUCCUGGAGUCUGGAUUCUAGGGUUUUGAGUCCUGUGGUUCUCAACCCCAGCGUCCUGAGCCAUGGCUCGUGAGUUCAGGGCCCUGGGUAACACAGAUACCUGGGUGCAUAGGUCCUGGGUCCCUGUGUCUGUGCCACUAGACUUGGGCCGAGUGAGGCGGUGAGGCCUCUCCCCUAUUAUUUAUUCUGUCGUUGCGGCUGCGUCAGUAUUCGCCGCUGCCCGGGGAGGGUGGAGAUCUGUGAGCAGAGCGCCCCGUUUCCGGAGGUCCCCACAUCCCCUUCUGAGAGUUCAACUGUCCCCACAGGUCGCUAUGUUCACAACCCCCCCCCCCCACCCGUAUUACCAAGUCCCCAAUUCCCCGCGUCCCCCCUGGGCGAGGGAUACCGCGUGACAUCGUCCCCACGCGCUUGGUCCAGACCCCUAAACCCUCGCCAAGGGGCUGGGGGUGAGGGUCGCAGUGCGAUAUGAACUUUAAAACUGAUCACGAACACCAAGUUAAAGUGGGUGUCCUAGCAAAGCGCUGGAGGUGGCCGCAGAGAGGACUACAACUGCGGGGCUGUGAAACCUAAAGGAUUGGGCUCGUGCUGGGGGCUUAUUGCCCCCCCCACCCCAAUGAAACGCGUUUGGCGGUUGUGUUGGGGUAUUACCUGGUCAUCGUGUGCAGGUGGCACGUGCUAGUGUAGCCCACUCGCACCUAUGGGCUCUGAAACCUGGGCUGUGCUCACAGGAGGACGUCUCAAGGGGAGCGGCUCGACACGAGCUCCCUGCUGCUGCGAACCCCGAGUGGAGGUUUGCCUUCAGGGCCUCUUGCCUCCUGAGUGUUCCGCCGCGUCCACUUUUGUCGCAUUUUUCAGUGUUUUUUUUCGUUUGCGGAGUUUUAUUGAACCUUGAGCACAGACCGACACGGGGAGGGUGAUGCCAACAUCCGAGGCUUUAACAUCGGGUGACAUCCCUCCCCUCCUCCGGGGCCCGGGAGCUCGACGCGAGGAGUCCCGAGGCAGGGAAGGCGUAGUUUCAGCCGGGGUUUAUCCGGAAAUUAAUUCUGUACCCGGCACACCACAUCCAGUAAACCUAUCGAUGUGGCUGUGGUUGCUACCACACGCGCACCUUAUUCCAGGAAAAUGUUUGUGAGAAAUUCAGCCCUGCAAUUUGGGGAUCCGGCCUGCGUUUGGGAUUCGCUCUGGGAGUGAAGUUGGUGGGGUCUGGGAAGUGGUUAAACGUUCCCCCUGUCCCCUCUGAACCCGUGUCCUCCCCCCUCUCCCCCACCGCGUACUCCCUGGCCCCCCGUGCUGUUCCCAUGUUCCGUGACCCCGGGCCGUGUACCUCCCAAAUAAAUUACCUGAUUUGA